CAGCUAUCCACAUUUUUAUCCACGGAAACCAAACUUCACAAUAAUAAUAGCUACUCACCACUCGCUUCUCUUUUUCUUCAACCUCCCAAAAUUUCUGCAAAAUUGAAAAACCCACAAAAUUGAACAAUUAGCAGUUGAGAAAACCAUGAUUUCAUCCUCAAUCUCUGAUAAAAUCCUCCAUUUGGUCCCAAUUUUGGUGAAGUCUUCUUCUUCUACAGGCAAAUCUUCUUCUAUGUUUCUCUCUCAAUCAUCCUUUUCUUCUUGUGUAUUGGUAGCUUCAUUAUCACCUUCCAAAUUCAAGUUAUUAUCUUGUUCAACUAAUGAUCCCAGAAAUUUGAGCUCUUGUGAUGGUCUAUUCAAACAUCAACGCCAUGCAGAAAUUUGGAAUGGCAUUGACAUGGAGACCAAUCUUAUCAAUAAAUCAGCAUGAACUCUCUAAGAAACAUUGCGCUGGCGAAAAUGUGAAGGGUUUGUUGAGAGGUGGUAUUGCCCUUUCAUCUGCUACAAUUGCCUGGUUGGCUUCUUCGCAAGUGGCAUACUCCAGCACUGACAUCAAAAUAAAUCCAGUUUAUGAGGUUGGAGAGUUAUUUGAAUUGGGGAUUCAAUUGUCAUAUGUGCUUUUGCUGUUGGCUUUGCUUGGAGUUGGGACUUUUUAUGUUAUCCGCCAGGUCCUUGUUCGUCGUGAACUUGAUCUUUCUGCUAAAGAAUUGCAGGAGCAAGUAAGGAGUGGUGACGCAAAUGCAACUGAACUCUUUGAACUUGGAGCAGUGAUGCUGAGAAGAAAGUUUUACCCAGCCGCCACUAAAUUCUUGCUUCAGGCAAUUGAUAAAUGGGAUGGAGAUGACCAGGAUCUUGCCCAGGUAUACAAUGCAUUGGGUGUGAGUUUUGUGCGUGAUGGAAAGAUUGACAAGGGUAUCGCGCAGUUUGAGAAAGCUGUUAAGCUUCAACCAGGGUAUGUGACUGCUUGGAACAACCUUGGUGAUGCAUUUGAACAGAAGAAAGAUCUCAAGACUGCUCUUAAGGCGUUUGAAGAAGUACUGCUUUUCGACCCCAACAAUAAGGUGGCACGCCCUCGAGUUGACUCACUGAGGGAUCGUAUUAACGUCUACAAAGGUGUUCCUGUUAAAUCCAAAGAACGCUGAUUAUGCUACAAUGUAAACUGACUUAUAUACUUGAAUUUUGACAUGCCAUGAAUAUGAGAACCAGUCUUGAAUUACGACAAUCUAUCAGCUCAAAUAGUUGCUUUUUGCUUCCUUUGUUUCAUAUUAUAAGGCGCCUGUAAUAUUUCUAUAUUAUUUGAUAAUAUAAGUUGUUUCAGACA